AUGACUCAACAACACCAACAACAAAAUAGUGCAAAUAUUUUUGAAUUUGAAGCACAUAUAGCCCAUUUUAAAACACAAUUAAAUGCUUGUUUUGCUUUACAAAGAGCAUUUGCUAAUUCUCACGGUUCAAUGAUUUGGAGACAAUUAAGAGAACAUCAAAUACGAAAAAUGACAAAUUAUGGAUAUGAAAAUAAAGGGUUUCUUGAUUCUGCCGUUACAUUUUAUGCUCAUAUGUUAUACAAUUUGGGGGUUUUGGCUGCUAGAAUACAGGGAUUCGCUUAUGAAAUUCGCAACAACAAAACUUUUGUUUCUGGUCAUUCUGAUUUGGUUAAACCUUUAUUGGCAAUUGUCUAUAAAAUGGCAGAUGUUUUACUUAGUGAUAGCAUUAUUUGUCUAGAACCAAGUCUAAAUCCAAUUUUGGUUACUAAUAAUUUGUAUGUUUUGUCCUUUGAUUUGACAUAA